AUGAAGCUACCUAGUGCCCUCGUCCUUGCGGCUGUGGCUUCCCAUGGCGCGUCCGCUCACUAUUUCUUUCCUCAACUGAUUGCCGAUGGCGUUACAACCGAAUAUUUUGAAUACGUCCGUGAGGACACCCAGGGAUAUAUGCCCUACAAGAAUGGGUACGAGGGCAAUGAUUUGAGGUGCAAUGUUGGCUCUGACGAGUUUGCGCUUCAAACAAAGACGUAUACUGUGAGCGCAGGCGCCACGAUCGGCUUUGCAACUGAUUUUGGCGCUCAGAUUGAACACCCCGGUCCUUUGCAGGUGUAUUUGUCUCGAGCCCCUGCCAAUGUCUCAUACUAUGAUGGCUCUGGCGAAUGGUUUAAGAUUUAUGAACUUGGUCCUGCGGCUUUCACCAACAAUGGCAUAGAAUGGGGGGCCACUGGAAAGAGUCAGUUUACGUUCGCAAUCCCGCCCGAAACCCCAGCUGGACAGUAUCUGGUUCGAAUCGAGCAGAUUGCACUUCACGGCGCUCUCCAAUACGGCGAAGCGGAAUUCUACUUCAACUGCGCUCAGAUCGAGGUUAUUAGUGAGAGUACCUCCACUCCGGGGCCUACUGUGUCGUUUCCUGGUGCAUAUACCGGUUAUGAACCUGGAAUCUUAUUCGACAUGUACUCUAAACUCUACGUCAACUAUACGAUGCCUGGCCCUCUGGUCUGGCCAGCGAAAAGCUCGAGCAAUAUAACUGCCGAAGGCGUCGCAAAUCUUCCUUCAGAUGGCACCGUUUGGUCUUAUCCGGCAGUCACCAGCACGUCCAAAGUUGGAUCCCUUACGUCCAGUUCUUCCUUGAUCCCGUCUGCACAAACCUCGUCUCUCCCUACGCCAUCGACAUCUGUCCUUGAUUCCAUGGCCGAGCCUACCGGUUCGAGUGUGCCUUCUGCAACAGGACUAAGCAAACAUCAAGGUCCUCACCGUGAAGCUCACGGACAUAAAUCACAUUGCCGGGCAUGA